AUGGACGACAGGGUUGCCAAGGAAGGAAGCCUUCUUGUAUCUGGUGCCUGCCAGCGUGGUCUAAUGGCAAUGAGCCCAUUUCCUACCCCAGGAGGAAUGAGAGUUCAAAACCAACCGAGAAGAGAAUGGAAACUCAGUGAAAACGGGUGUACUAAAACUCAGACACUAAAAGACAAUACAGUACUUGUUAGUCCCAAGGCAAUACCCCCAGUUAUUCCUAAAGAGAUCCACCACUUUGCCAAUGCACAACUCUGGAAGAUUACUCAGGAACUUUGUCCUGGCACGGACAGAUACACAGACAGUCACACUGUCACCCCCUCAUCUCGAUGCCAUCACACUUCAAGAAUCUUCCAGAAAUCAGACUGUCCAUGGCCAGAACUCCGUGUGGAGAAUUCGGGGCUGUUGCCAUUUAAGAGAGCAGCAGGAGGCUCGGGCGAGGCUUCAGAGCUCGCAGCGCAGCGCGUCUGGAGGGAGGCACCGCAACACCUCUUUGUGCUGACGCUCCUGGGCUCCCGUCAGCCUGGGAACAGCCGCGGUGCUCGGCUACCUCGCCUGGAAUUUCAUCUUCUUUUGAACACCGAAACAGCCAAAAACCGCGCAGCAGGCAGGCACGGCACGCGAUGCUGCUGCGCUGGCUGUGACAGACCCCGGCGGGGUACGGAGGUGCCCGACCUGCCCAAAAGAAGAGACCGGCCCGGUGGUGCCUGGGCUCUGCACCAAGCUGCUCACCUGCAAGGACAGACCAUGCCCAGGCCCUGCCGGGGCUCCCGUACCAGCAUGUUGGAUCCCAAGGAGGGAUGCGCUACAGAGAAAUCAGUGCUUGCCCAGCCAACAUUUGUUUUUGAAAAGAAGGACCGUUCUUUGAAGCGGCCUGCAGAAGAUCCAGUUCACAAAGCUGAAAAUGAUUUCAUUAGUUGUUCCAGAAAAAAACGUGCAAGAUCAUCAUCUUUGACUUUCCAGAAGUCUGACUCUCAGUCUAACACUGAUACAGGUCUCACACAGAGAAGAGGGAGAUCAUCUUCAUUUAACACCCUUCCUACUUUCCCUCCCUCCCAGACAGUAAAGAAUAACAUAUUCAUGACCUCAGCUCUUCUUCAAAGAAAUCCUCAAAUCAUCAAAAGCACAAGAGAAGGAUCCUUGUCACCAAGUCAAUUGUGGAAUGUCAUUAGACCUGCCACUUUACAGCCCCCACAAGCCCUGACCUGUCCUGAAAUUCCUGUAGUAUCUCUAGUGACUAAGAAAGAAGCAUGUAUUCAGCCAUCUGAAGACAGCUCUUACUCAUCAGCUGAGAAUUCAGUAAAUUCCAAAGCAGCAGUGGAGUCAUCUAUUACUAUGAGUCUUUCCAGCUCUCAAAAAACACAAAGUCAAUUGCUCAAAGAAAGAAGUGUACAAAACAGCAGCAAUUCUGAUUUUGUGUUUGGGGAAAACAUGGUUGAAAGAGUUUUGGUCAGAUCUGCAUAUACUGGCAGACUUUUUAUCAAGAGUCCUGAGAGGCAUCCCAAGCUGUGUAAUGAAGCUGAUUUACACAAAGGAGAAAUAACUUCCAUGUCCACAGAAUCUUCUCACGUUGGGCCACAAACAAAAAGAGCUUUGUUGAGGAAUGCAACACUAAUCGAAUCAGCAGCUGCUUGUAUUUCCAAGCCAGUGGAGAAAAUCCUGUUAGAUAAAGUUGAAGUUAUAACAGGAGAAGAAGCAGAACACAAUGUAUUGCAGGUUAACUGCAAGCUCUUUGUAUUUAAUAAGAUUUCUUUAACAUGGACUGAAAGAGGCAGGGGAUCCCUGAGGCUUAAUGACACUUCUAGCAAUAAGCAUGGAAUGUUGCAGUCAAGGCUAAUUAUGCGAAAUCAAGGUAGUUUGAGACUGAUUCUCAACACCCAACUCUGGGAACAAAUGGUUAUAAAAAGAGCAAACAGAAAGAGCCUGUGCUUCACUGCAACAGAUCAAGAGGACCAUUCUGUUCAAGUAUUUCUAACUCAGGCAAGCUCAAAAGACACUGAACACCUCUAUGCAGCAAUACAUCAUCGCCUUGUGGCCUUGCGCAGCUUUGCUGAGCAAGAGCCAGAUGCUCAUCAAGUAGACACAGAGUCAGAAACAGCUUUUCAGCCAUUAAACUGUGAUAGUGAUGAUGAUGAUGAAGAACUAACUCAAGUGAGCAGCACUGGAUCUGAUCAUUCUGGAUGGAGCCGCAGGCGGUCUGUUGUCUGCUCAUGAUAUCUGCCAGAGGUUACAGCAGCUCAGUUGGGAACUCAACUUCCCAAAAUGUCUAAGCUGACUCAUCAGCCCCUGGAGGAAGGAAAACAGAUGCAUAUUACUUUAUGAUUUUUAAGUAGAGAUUAAUUUUAGAGACAACUUAAGUUUAAUUUGUUGAGAAAGAACUUCAGAUGCAUUAUUGACAAUUCCAGGCAGUCUGCUUUCCACUGAGCUGUGAAUAACACCAUUGCUUCCAACAGUCACAAAUGGUUACAAAGACUUUCAAUUUCAGAAUUAAAUAUAUUUAGAUAUGUUAUUAGGGUAAGGAAUUUUAUGGGGAAUAUGUACUUGUUCAUCAUAUUGAUGGAUAAUACCACAUAAGCAUGAACUAAUAAUAUAUGCGAACAGAUAUUUGUUACUUUUAAUCUAUUAUUUAAAAGAUACGUUUGGAAAGCUUUAAACUAGGUGUCACUGAAAACAUUUAUUUAAAAUUGUGUGGUAACAAUUAAGCAUCCUAUUUGUAAGUAUAUACAAACAAAACCUGGGAUGGCAGUUUAGCAUUACCAAGGCCUAUAGAAACCAGCCUUCAUAUAAGUGAUUUUAUUUAUUGUUUAUUUUGAAAAUACCUGAAGUGGUAUAAUGGUUGUAGAACUUUGUUUGAAAGAAAAGAACCAUGAUCUGCAUCUUCCAGCUCUAUGUAUCAAAAGAAUUCACCAUGAAGAAGUAAAAGCCUGUUCUAAGGGCCAUAUAAACUUUAAAAUUUAAGGUGUAUCUGCUUGCUCAGCUUUCUAGCUAAACAAAACAAGCACCUGCACUUGUGUAUAUUAAUUGUCCAUUUGAUAUACACAAAUAAAUGCAUGCACAGUACAACAGGAUAUCUACAUUUAAAAAAAUCCCUUAAAUGUGUGAGAUUAUCUGAGAUUACUUCUACCUUAGCUAUAGCUAUUCCUAUAUAGCAUCAUUCAUAUGAGUAUGUUACACACUCACAUGUGCACAAUAAUCCCAAUAGUGGCCAAGACACAGUUGCUCUGUAAAAGUCAUUCCACAAACUACUGCCUUCUACCUAAGCAUUUUUGUGUGAAAAAAACCUCCAAUUCUAAACCUGUGAAUCAAGACUUGCAGGGUCAUUCAAAAGCCCAUGAACAGUAAGACACACCACUUAUGUUCCAAGUUUUCAUUCAGUCAAAGAUCAAAUUUGUCUGCAAUCUGUCCACUGCCACUUGCCUGAUGUCUUGCAUAUUGUCAUUCUCAGAGCUGAAACAAUGUUCUGAAAUAUCUCAAGUCCUUUUAAUUAAGGCAAUUGUAAUGAUUUCUCAAUCUAAAAAGCUGCAACACACCUGAACAGUCUCAUCACAAUUUAGUUUUCCCAUUUGAACAUGUGUACGAAAUUGGAACCAUACUAAUUUAUUCCUGAAUUCUCAGUGCACUGCCCAGAUUAGCAUCCAGAUGAAGCCGAAAUACUUAUCUGGAUUACACUGAAUCCUAAACGGCCCACCAAAAUUAGCACUUGUCUGACAAUGAUUUAGCAUCUGGAUGACGGUAAAUUUAAGUGGAACUUGAUUUUUGCCUUCAGGAAAAAGGGAGUGCUUCCCAACAGAGCACCUGUGUCAAACAGUAAAGCAUGGGGAUUCUCUUUGACUCCAGUCUGCCAAUAACAAAGAUAUUCUUUCCAUAACAAGCUGUACAUUGUGUCCUUUGUUAUCAGCCUCACUCCUGACCACAACAAUAUUUACAUCACUGACCUUCAUAUUUCAUUGCUGCAACUCAUCCUCAGGGACAAAGCUCCACGCUAUAAAAACUCAGGCAGUCAUAAAACACAGCAGCCCUAUGUAUUUAGCAACAGGUCAUGGUGAUAAGUUUGCCCUGGAGUUCAGCUGGCUAUGCACUCACUGAAUGCAGAGUUUAAUUUCAAAGUCUGUCCUGAUAAUCAAAGCUUUCCUUUGAAACAGGAUUUAAGCACCUGAGUGUCAUGAUACCAGUCUAAAUUCUACUACGGCUGUAAAAUCCUUGGCAAAUGAGGGAGGUUUCCAGGGCAGAGACAACAGAACUUUUUCAGACAUAGGACUUACACUUUGUAAUUUGCUCCCACAGCGUACAGAACAAAGUUUAUAACUAAAUGUUCCUUUCAUCUGCCUCUUCCCAAGAUCCUUACGUAUACACAAGUAUAUGUAUGAACACACACAGUCAUGUGCACACACUCUCACAAAGCUUCAUCUCCCAAAACCUGAGGAGGAAAAGAGAUAUUUAUUUUAAAGACAUUGAAUACUUUGGGAAUAGAGGAAAAAUUUUUGCUCUUAAGAACCUAAUUAUGUGUUCUCUCUAGUCUCACUGCAUUAAAAUUCACUGUUCUUCAGGCCUUGAAGGUACAGCAUUAUGUAAUGUAUUACCUUGGUUUUAAAGAUGUAGUUUGUCAUUUUCUGACACUUGGAGAGCAAUUUCCAUGACUCAACAAU